UAAUCGACGGCCUACAAGGGCAAUUUCAGUGGUCUUAAAAUUUUUACUGGAACAAGGUCGAUCUGACAUUGUCUCUCAUUUUUUGUCGAGUCUAUUUUUUUUUCCUGCCUGUCUAAUUAGUGCGUUGUAACCAUCUAUACAAGAACGUGAGUGUUGCGACAUUUUAACGCUGACUGGUUGACACCAACAGACGUCAUCCGAGAAGGCCAUGGAGUCGGGUAGGUUGAUCGACAUCUACGGUGACUGCAGCGAUGAAGAAGAAGUUCCUCUCAACGGGCCAACAGGCGAAGAGCAAAGGAAAUUAUGGGAUCCGUUCCGGACGAUGCCGCCGAAGGACACGACUGGCUCGUUGGCGAACGCAGCUACUGUGGAAGCCUUUUCUCAAAUCGCCAAAGUCAUUGCCUACAUCGUGACUUUCUGCAUUUUUCUAACGGGAGGUAUUGCCAAAGGAACUCUUCUCUUCAUGACGUCGCAAAUUAAAAUAACGGAUAAGAAACCAGACGUUCAACAUCCUUACUGCAGCACCCGCGCCGGAAGAGAAAUUGAAGCAUCCGUCAGCAUGGAAGAGCGUGUUGGUUGGGUGUGGGCCAUCUUCUUUUGUUUUGUCGUGCCCGAAUUGUUCAUGUGGUUCCGUUCCACUCGUAUUUGUCUCUUCCGCACGUGGAAGAAACCAACCGCAGGGGAAUUCUUUAUCAUCGCUACCUUUGAAACGUUGCAUGUCAUCGGCCUGGCCCUUCUUGUUUACCUAGUCCUGCCCAAUUUGAAAGUAGUCGAAGCCGUCAUGUUGACCAACUGCGUCUGCCUCGUUCCAGCUUUGCUCAAAUUUUUUUCGCGCUUCAGAGAUGGGACGAACGAACAGACUCGUCCUUAUUUGCUAACAGCUGACGGUUUGGCCAUCCUCGCACAAUUGAGCGGCCUCUUUCUCUGGGCGGCGCUCAACUGGACCGCAACCAACAACGUCGUUUGGAUCUUGCCCUUUUCUCUGCUUUUCACGUCGUUCGGAUGGUGGGAAAAUUACGUUGAUAAAGACUCACCUUUCGUCGUUAUCAAAUACCUGGGAGGAAUCAAAGAGAACAUGAAACGGACUCGCUAUUUCAGCUACAUGUUCUUGACCAUCUGGAAGACCGCGAUUUUCUUCAUUUGCAUGUUGUGCAUCGACUGGAUCUUUGUCGGAUCGGUGAACCACUUGUUUGACUAUUUUUACGUCUCUUUCCACGAACACCCGUACAACGUGACCGAGAUCAAACUGCCCGAUCAAGCGACGCGAUUGACAAGUUCAGUGGCGGGAUCUACAGGAACUGCGGCCCAAACCGAAACUCUGAUCGCCUGGCCUUACACGGCCUCCUACGUCUUUUGCAUUCAAGCUGGCACAGCUUUAGCUUGUUUCUUGGCAGGCAAAUUCGCCUGUAAAAUCCGCAUCCAGGGAGUCGGUUUCGCCCUGCCCAUUAAUUUAACUGUCCCGACGACCAUCACUCUGCUCAUCACGUUCUGCGGAUUGAAAAUGGGCAACGCUUGUUACUUCUCCGAUGUCAUUCCACCUCAUCUGUUCUUCGAAUGUCCAGAUGGUGGAUACCUCCUGGACACGUUGACCAAUCAACACGCCUGGGCGUGGGUCUUUUGGAUUAUUUCUCAAGCCUGGAUCACGUCUCACAAUUGGACCCCGAAAUGCGGAAGGCUCGCCACCACCGAGAAACUCUUCGUCUACCCGUUUUACAAUGCGUUCUUAGUUGACCAAUCGAUGGCGAUGAGCAGGAGACGUGACGAUGAAGUCGAAGUUGAAACUGAACAGUUGAAACAAAUCGAUUCGACUGAUGUGGAGUUGAGUCAAAAGUACGGCGACGAUAUGAUGCCUAGCCCAACCACAAACGAUUCAGACUCGGAGAGCGAUGCGGAUUCGAUUGAAGAUCGAGUUAGACCGACAGAUCACAUCACUCGCAUCUACACUUGCGCCACCAUGUGGCACGAGAACGCCGAAGAGACGGUCACCUUCUUGAAAUCGAUUUUUUACCUGGACGACGAUCAGUGUUCCAGGAGAUUGGCUCAGCAGUAUUUGAGGGUCGUCGAUCCGGAUUACUAUGAAAUUGAGACGCACAUUUUCUUUGACGACGCCUUCGAGCUCAGCGAUGACGAUGAAGAUGAAAUGGUGGUCAAUUCUUACGUGAAAAUGUUGAUCGAUUGCAUGGACGAAGCGGCGUCGUUCGUUCAUCAAACAAACAUCCGCAUCCGGCCACCUAAAAAGUACCCCACACCUUACGGCGGCCGUUUAGUUUGGACUCUGCCGGGCAAGACGAAAAUCAUUUGCCAUUUGAAGGACAAACAGAAGAUCCGCAACAGGAAGAGAUGGAGUCAGGUCAUGUACAUGUACUAUUUACUUGGCCACAAGUUAAUGGAACUGCCCAUCUCGGUCGAUCGUAAGGCCGUCAUCGCUCAGAAUACGUAUUUGCUGGCCCUCGAUGGCGACAUUGACUUCAUGCCUAAUGCUGUCCAACUUCUAAUCGACUUGAUGAAAAGGAAUUCAAAUUUGGCGGCUGCUUGCGGACGCAUCCAUCCCGUCGGAUCAGGUUUAAUGGCCUGGUAUCAAAUGUUCGAAUACGCCAUCGGCCAUUGGCUUCAGAAAGCCACCGAGCACAUGAUCGGUUGCGUCCUUUGUAGUCCUGGAUGCUUUUCUCUUUUCCGAGGCAAAUGUCUGAUGGACGACAACGUCAUGGCCAAGUACACGACGAAAUCGAGCGAAGCCCGUCAUUACGUCCAGUACGAUCAAGGUGAGGAUCGUUGGUUGUGCACGCUCUUGCUCCAAAGAGGCUACCGAGUCGAGUACUGCGCUGCUAGCGACGCCUUCACUCACUGCCCGGAAGGAUUCGAUGAAUUUUAUAAUCAACGUCGUCGUUGGGUUCCCUCCACAACGGCCAACAUCCUCGAUCUUUUGGGCGAUUAUAAGAGCGUCACCAAAGUCAAUGACAACAUUUCAUUCCCUUACAUUUGUUAUCACAUUAUGCUGAUGAUUGGAACAGUUAUCGGACCUGGAACGAUUUUCCUUAUGAUUGUCGGCUCUUGGAGCGUAGCUUUCCACGUUGACAACUGGACAAGUUUCUGGAUCAAUUUGGUGCCCAUCUUGUUUUUUAUCAUCAUUUGUCUAACGACCAAAGCCAAAUUCCAGGUGUUUGUAGCCCAGAUUAUGAGCGUCGCUUAUUCGAUUGUCAUGAUGGCCGUCAUGGUGGGAAUCAUCCUCCAAUUGUCCGAAGAUGGAUGGCUAUCGCCGUCGGGCAUCUUUUUGGUCUUUACAGCUUCCAGUUUCAUCGUUGCCGCCUUGUUACAUCCGCAAGAAUUCUGGUGUUUACCCUGUGGUCUAGUCUAUUACCUGACCGUACCCUCCAUGUAUUUGUUGCUCAUCAUUUACUCGGUUUGCAACCUGAACAACGUCUCGUGGGGAACGCGUGAAGCUCCGCAAAAGAAGAAGAAAUCCGACAGUGCCGAUGCGGCCGCAGCGGCUGCGAUGGCGGCGGCUCAAAAGAAGAACAAGGGCAACGCCCUGUUGAGCUUCUUCCAACAGACGUCUGGCAAUAAACCGGAAGAUGAAGGUUCCCUGGAAUUCUCGCUGGCCGGUUUGUUUAAAAUCAUGUGCUGCGUCCACCGCAAACCCGACAACGGAGAGAAACAUCAGCUGCUUUGCAUAUCCGAAUCGCUGACAGCUCUCAAUAAGCGAUUGGACACUAUCGAGAGGUUUAUUAAUCCCAACUUUUCUGGACCUCGCAAGAGUUUCUCACGAGGCGGUUCGACUAGAGGAUCCGUUCGCGGAAUUCCGCUGUCGUCGUCUUCGGGUAGUGCCAAAGUCAAUGACAUGGAAAUGAAUAAUUUGAGCGCUGUCAACGAGAUGGAUGACGAGGAAGAGUACGAAGAUUACAGCGAUGAUAACAGCGAAAGUAGCGAACUGGCCGCCAUGAAAGAGGAGCGAGAUCCACUUAUCAAUCCUUACUGGCUGGAAGAUAAGGCCCUCGUGCGGGGUGUAGUGGACUUCCUCACCGGAGGUGAAAUUCAAUUCUGGAAGGACAUGCUCGAAAAGUAUUUGUACCCAAUCGAUGAAGACAAAGCCGAACAGGCUAAAAUCGCUGCGGCUCUCAAGGACUUGCGCAACAAAUCCGUGUUUACAUUUUUCAUUCUAAACGCGCUCUACGUGACGAUUGUCUUCCUGAUGACCCUGGAAAAGGACAAAGUGCAUCUCGAUUGGCCCCUCGGCAUUCAAUACAACAUCAGCUACGAAUAUUUCGAUCCUCCAAGCUGGCCAACGGUUAAUGUUGAAAUGACGUAUCUACAACUCGAGCCGAUUGGUAUGGUCUUCCUCUUGAUGUUCGCCUCGGUCAUGAUUAUCCAGUUUGUCGCCAUGUUCUUCCAUCGCUUUGGAACACUCUCUCAAAUUAUUGCCACCACCGACAUCAAGGCCUGCAGUAAAAAGAUGGAAGACGUAUCGGACGAGGCUUACCUGGAGAAGAACGCCGUGAAGAUCGCUAAAGAAUUGCAACAAUUGAAGAACGCCGAUGAUAACGAAGAGGAUCCAAAUUCCGAUCGCAAAGAUCACGUUAGCCGCCGGCGUACCAUUCACAAUUUGCAACAGUCGCACAAGAAGACCCAAUUCACGGGCAACUUGGACGCCGCCUUCCGUAAACGUAUCGAUUCGAUCAGCGCGAAUAUCGAUUCCAAUGAUCCGAAUGUGAGGAACAGAACGUCGGUACGAAGAGACACGCUGCACAAGUUAGCCAGCCGCCGUAGUACGAUCAUGAACGAAGUCAAGCGAAGAUCGUCCGUCGCGUUCCAGGCGCACGACGCCAUGAGGUCGCGUCGCCUAUCCAGUAUGGCCAUGGCGACCAAUCACGAAAAUGAUUUCGAAUAAUCAGAUUUGGACAGAACAACUAUGGCGUGUACAAUGGCGCCAUUAUAUUAUCAUUUUUAAAUGUUUUUUCGCACUAAUAACCAAAGGACUUUAUUCUAAUCAUUUUCCUAUUAAUUAUUUCAAAUUUACUAAACUAUUGUGAUUGAAACGAACAAAAAAAAAAAAAAUCUAACGUAA